AUGGCAGUCCUUCCCAUCUUCCAAAGGGUGUUCCACGGAACGAAAGCCGAUAAUACGGAAACCACGACUGCAGUUGAAGAAAGCAAGAGAGACCCCGUUGCCGAUGAUGUCGCUGUCAACACCGGCAUGGACGAGUUCCAGGCGGAUCUUCCGAGUGAAGAUCUACAAGGCGGAGUUCGGGAUGUUGAAGCAAUGACCCUGACAUGGUCAAGGCCUAUGCUGAUUGCAGUCUUCCUUAACAUCUGGCUCCUUUACUUUGUCAAUGCAUUCCAAAGCUCGAUUUGCUCCAACUUGACUCCUUACGUCACGAGUGCAUUCGAGUCUCAUUCGCUGCUCAAUGUUAUUUAUAUCGUUGCAGAUUCCAUCAGCGCGGCAUGCUAUAUCCCGUUAGCAAAGAUCAUGGAUGUCUGGGGCCGCGCGGAAGGCUUCCUGUUCAUGGCGGUUGUUGCGACCUUGGGGUUGGUUCUCAUGGCGGUCUGCAAUAAUCUGGCGACUUUCUGCGCUGCAUAUGUCUUCUGGACUCUGGGGUUUUCCGGUAUGACAUACUGUGUGGAUGUGAUCACGGCAGAUGUGUCCCGGCUGAAGAAUCGAGGCUUGGCCUACGCGUUCACGUCUUCGCCCUAUAUCAUCACGGCAUUCGCAGGAGCCAAGGCAUCCGAAAGGUUUUACUACCAGAUCAGCUGGCGAUGGGCGUUUGGGUGCUUUGCGAUCAUCUUUCCGAUCGUCGCAGCCCCUCUGUACUUUGUGCUCAAGUUUAAUGUCCGCAAAGCUCGAAAGGACGGCGUUUUGGUCAGGAAACAGAGCGGCCGAACCAUUCUCCAGAGCCUCUGGUAUUAUGCCAUGGAAUUUGACUUGCCGGGCGUCUUCCUAUUCUCUGCCGGCCUCACCGUAUUUUUUCUCCCGUUUGAUAUCGCUUCGGCGGCACCUGAUGGCUGGGCGACGGGUUAUAUCAUUGCGAUGCUAGUGGUUGGAUUCGUGAUGCUCUGGGUCUUUGCAGCCUACGAGACGUUCCUGGCACCAGUGCCGAUGUUCAACCUCGCCUUAUUGAGCAACCGGACUGUCAUUGGCGCCUGUCUCCUCGAUGCGACCUACCAGCUCUCGUACUACUGUUGGGACAACUACUUCACCUCCUUCCUGCGCGUCGUCAACAAUCUCUCAAUCGCCCAGGCCGGGUAUGUCAACAACACGUUUGACGUGGUUUCUGGUGUUUUGCUGCUGGGCGUCGGUGCGGCGAUCCGGGUCACUGGGCGAUUCAAGUGGACACUGUACAUCGCCGUUCCGAUCUACGUCCUGGCGCAGGGCCUGAUGAUCUACUUCCGGCGCCCGGACCAGUCCAUCGGGUAUAUUGUCAUGUGCCAAAUCUUCAUCUCGAUCGGUGGCAGUAUCUUCAUCAUCGUGCAGCAAAUUGCCAUAUUGGCCGCCGUCGACCAUCAGCAUGUGGCGGGCGUGCUGGCGCUGCUGAAUGUGGUGGGUACCGUUGGCGAUUCGGCGGGUGCGACGAUUUGCGGUGCCAUCUGGAGCAACACCUUCGAAAAGGCUCUGAAGAGGUAUCUCCCUGCGUCUGCGCUGCCGCACCUGGCGGUCAUCUAUGAGAAGGUGCCAGCGCAGAUGAAAUAUCCGAUGGGAAGUCCAACGCGGAUCGCGAUCCAGAAGGCGUAUGCGUAUUCGCAGACGAGGAUGCUGGCGGUGGGCACGGGGAUCAUUGGGCUGGCGUUUGUCUGGAUGCUGCUGAUCCGCAACAUCGACUUGAAGAAAGUGGCGCAGGUGAAGGGCACGGUGUUCUAG